ACUGCUCGCUGCGCGUCAACCUGCUGCGGCGCGCGCACGACGGCGAGUGGCUCUGCCGCGCGCUGGUGCGCGAGCGCUUCCUGUCGGCGCCCGCGCGCUCCGCCGUCUACGUGCAGCGCGUCGAACCAGUUGAAAUAGAUUGUAAGAAGACUGCAGACCACAAGAUAACGGUGAUGUGUCGAAUGAGGAACCCCAAUCCCGACGCAACAUGCUUUUGGCGAUAUUCGUCCCAUCCACACCUUGGGGUGAUUAAUGACACAGACAGGUUCGUUGUUUUUCACAAUAAAACGUCUGGAGAGUGCACCUUGACUUUCGAACCGUCCCAAGACAACCUCGGCAAGUGGAGCUGCUUCUUCAGGCUGAGAUCUGCAGUCACGCAGGCAGACGUGUUGUCGGCACAGAUGUUCCUGGUCGGCAACGAACCAGCAGGAAAAUUAAACUGGCUGGUUGGAGUGCUGGCAUCAGCGGUGCUGGUGCUAUUACUAAUUCUUUUCGGGAUCUCAUUUUACAACGAGCACAACAGAACUCUGCGCAGACUUGAGCUUAGAAAUCGAAGGUUGCAAUCUCAGAGUGAAGGGUAUGAUCGAGAACGCUACACACGUACCCCAACAAAAAUAAAUUUCCAGUUUCAAGAUGCUCAUAGCCAGACUGUGAGCUUGCCCGAAGGUUGCCCGGCACUGCCCAGUCCUAACCAGAAUAUUUACGAGCGAGUCAGCGGGUACAGCAGCCCUGCUAGUAGCAUGAGUAUUUAUGAGAACAUGCACUAAAAACAUCUAUGAGACCUUUAUUGGAGUGCCAUUGCACGUGAGGCAUAGCUCAUUUAAACUGUAAGUCAAUGUUGUGAACCACUCCAAAUUUGUGCUGAAAAAUAUUAUGUCGUUACAAUAAGCCAUAGUUGUUUUUCCCUUCUAAUAAUAACAAAUGAUGGUUGUUCAUCCACAUUUAACUUCAGUGUGUGAAACAUACAUGUAUUGUUUUUCUGUGGUUGUAUUGCUUACAAUACGGUAGUGUUCUGUAACUAGCCAAAAUGUAUACUCGUUACUUUACCUGUAAAUGUUUACACAAGUUUACAAAACAGCUACGUACCACAUACAUGUUUGAACGAAUGUGUUAUUCAACAAACUGUAGGAAACGUUCAAUUCAGUACACUGCAUUAAAAAAGAAAUUAACAAUAUUUAUGAUACCACACUUUCCCCUGAAUUUUCACGUGUAUUUAAACUAAGCAUGCCCUCUUAUACUAACUAGAUGUAUAAGCUGUACACAUAUAUAUAUCUAAGUGGGGAGUGAAAACAAAGUUUGCAUAGAGCAUUAAGAUGCUGAUUUGUUACAUCUAGAUAUACUCAGGAAGCAGCAUAACUAUAAAACAUUUAGCCAUUAAUUAAUUUUCUUUAGGUAAUACCAACUAAGUAAAAUAUUCAAAGAUAAGUUGACAUGCUGUUUCGAUCUGUCUACUAGCUGCCACGACUGGUAAACUCGCACAAAUGGCAUCACAGGGUAAGUAGGUACUUAUUCCUAUUGUAAAACAGCUAUUGAGCUCUAUAUAGCUUAUACAUAUUGAUGUACCUGAUAUCCUACUUAAUUUAGUACACAAUCAACAAAGCCACUUAAACAAUAGAAAAUAAAGCCAUAACUAUGAGCUUGCAACUCAAUUACAUUUUUUCCUAAAAUUUUCAAUGCAGAAAUGAAGUAAUUUUUUAGUCACAUUGGUUGUCAUUUUGUAGGAAAAAAAAAUCUCUACAAAUAGAAUACAGCUUGUAGAGAAUUUAUGUUAUAGUAAUGUUUUUUUUUAUAAACUACAGUCUCAUAUACACACACAUUAUUGCAUAAACCACUGUUCUACUCCAUUCUGCCAAGUUUGUUGAUACCUAACCAAAAUAAUAGAUAGUAAUUAAAUAUUGUGGUUGUGCUUCACAGACUAGAUAUUCUAUUCACAUAUUGAGCUGUAAUCAGAUAGGCAGCCAUAACAAUAGUUUUGUGAUCCUGAAGUUUACAAAAUUGAGUAGGUACAGUUAAAAAGAUGAUCUUUUGGAUUUUCCAAAAACAUUUUCAAUGUACAUUUUGAAACUCACUUUUUACUCAACCUACAUAAAAUACUUCUUCUUUGUAUUAACAUAUUUGUUUUUUAAAAUACUAACAUUUUUUUUUUUAAAUGACCAUGUGGUGUUGAUGAAUAUGCACUCACAGAAACUAUGCUGAAAAAAUAUGACAUGCUCUAUCUGUGGAAUUAGGUAUGUUCAUAAUAAGGGCAGUGUCUAAAUAGUAUAUUCAGUGCAGUGGCUACAACUUUGGUGUUGUCUUUCGUCUGCUAAGGCCUGUGAAUAUUGGGUGUUCUGUCUGCAAGGCCUUUUGAGAGCUGUCACUGGCCUGUGAGGUGAACUAACAGACCUUUACAUUUUAUGUGAUUUUAUUUCUUCAAACCGUUUCCACUAUGUACAAAAACAAUACAUCAAGCAUCACUACUGGAAUGCAAACUACUAUACAAGUAACAUCAAGCCACGUAUACAACGCAUUAUUAUGCAUAACGUUCAGUAUCUUUUGAAGAAAAAAAAAACUGGAAAUUUAUUUAUAAGACGUGUACAAAAAUUUUACAACAUAAUUUGAGUUAAUUUUCAAUUUAAUUUCUUUUUUUCCUUUUAAGUAUUGUAUGGUAUAUUACCAGAUUUCCUUUGGCACAUUUUAUAAAUUUUAUGGCUGAUCAAAUGACAAGUAUGCAAGUCUAAAAUUUCUUCAUGAAAUGCCUCCAAAAUGUUUUUAGAUUGCAUGUGAAUAAGCAAAGUUGUGCUACUGGCUUGUCCAAGAACUAGUCACCUCACAUUUUACAUAAAGGAAACAAUUUAUUUUCCACAUUUCAUCCUAGCUUCAUAGUCUUAUUGCCGCAAAAUAAAAGUUCAUAAUUGGCUUUACUAUUGUGUGCUAUUACUGUUGUGUUUGUCUAGUACAAUAUCACUAAAAAGGUUUUGAUGAUUUUUAGUAACUUUAGCCCAAAAAUCAUUACAUCAAUAACUUACAAAGAAAGAUCAAUGAAAAUUAAAUUAAAUUUUAUGACAUAACAAAAUUAUUGAGUAUAUAUUUUUGAAACAAAUGCCUUGCAAUUUGCAGCGAUUGGAAUAACUUAAAUGAAUUUUGAAUUUUCAUAGAUUAGUUAAACAGACAAAAUCUAAAUGUUUGAAGAAAAAAAAGGUGUUUAUAUGUGUUUUACUAAUAAGCAAGUAAUAAAUUAAGUUACAUGGUUGAUUAUGAUUAAAUCAUCAGUAAUUUUAAAACAUGUAAGAAAAUAUAACUUAUUGUUUGUUUUUUACGUUGUAGAUGCAGUAUGGUUUUAAAUAUCGAUUGUUUAGUUUUGCAAUGUUUAGGUCAAAUGCCAAAGAGAUUUUAUUAAUAGUUAAGGAUUUUGGGUUUGUAUAUUAUGUUGUAUAAUCAGUUUUUAAAAUAAAUGUUUUCAGAAAACAAA